AUGACGCCGAGCACCGGCGUCACUUCCAAACUUCUUCUCCGGCAUCCUCGGGUAGCUGCCACUCGACCUGCCACCGCCAAAUGCGCCUGCCACCGGACCUGCCACCAAUAUGUGCGCCUGCCACCGGACCUGUCACCGCCAAAUGCGCCUGCCACUUGCCCUGCCACUGCUAUGUGCACCUGCCACUCGACCUGCCAUGACUAUGUGUGCCUGCCACUUGACCUGCCACCUGUUCUGGUUAGUUACUAUGCCACUUGCUCCUGUUUGAGUGACAGGAAAAAGUACCCCUCUUUCUUCAGAACAAUCCCUAGUGAUGCCUUCCAGGUGCGGGCUAUGGUUCAGAUCUUAAAGCAUUUUGGAUGGACUUGGGUUGGUCUGCUCUACAGUGAUGACGACUAUGGUAUCCAUGCCUCUCAGUCAUUCCACCAAGAUGUGCAGCUAUUUGGAGGGUGUGUUGACUUUUCUGAAAUGCUACCUCGUGAUAAUAACCGUAGAGAUAUUCACAAUAUAUUGGCAGUGAUUCAGGCCUCUACAGCUAGAGUGGUGGUGGUGUUCUCCACAGAAGCCUACUUGUUACCAUUGAUGGAUGAGGUGGCAUUGCAAAAUGUAACAGGCAGGCAAUGGAUUGCAAGUGAAGCUUGGGCCACCUCACCGGUAUUUCACACUCAGCGUCUCUUGCCCUUUCUGGGGGGCACACUGGGUAUCGCUAUCAGGCGUGGAGAGAUCCAGGGACUUCGUGAAUUCCUGUAUUACCUUCGUCCUGACAGCAAUCCAAGAAACAAUAUGGUAAGAAUCUUCUGGGAGAAAAUGUUUGCGUGCAAUUUUGAGACCGGAGGCAGAAAGAUAGGGGUAGAGGGGGAAAGAAAGGUGUGUACAGGGCAAGAAGAUCUGAGGAGCACAGACACACCAUACACUGAUGUAUCAGAGCUGAGGGCCUCUUAUAAUGCGUAUAAAGCAGUUUUUGCCCUGGCACAUGCGCUUCAUGACCUGAUGCAGUGUGAGGAGGGGAGAGGACCAUUCAGUGGGAACAGCUGUGCUGAUAUAAUAAACCUUCAGCCCUGGCAGGUAGUUCAUUACCUACAAAAAGUGAACUUCACCACAGGUUUUGGGGAUCAUGUGUCAUUUGAUGAGAAUGGAGAUGCUCUGGCCAUCUAUGAUGUGAUGAACUGGCAGCCAAAUCCAGAUGGUGCAAUAAGGGUCAGCACAGUUGGUGUGGUGAAUGAAGGGGCUACAGAAGGGAGGGUGCUCACACUGGAUGAGGAUGCAAUGUUCUGGAACUUUGAAAACAAAAAAAUGCUGCAAGAUCACUCCUGGUGGAACAAAUAUGUUUCUCUCUCGACUACCGGCGAGGCUCACUCAUCCGAUGCCAUGAGUAUUGAACUACGAGAGCCUCCCGGGUCAGGAAAACCUUGGCUUUUCCGUCCAUCCACUAGCGAGGCUUACCUGUCCAAUGCCGUGAGUAUUGAACUCCCAAGCGGUGUGAGCCCUCCUGAUCAGGCUUCCCAAAUCACGCUGCACCUCGUCUGUCGUCUAGUGGGGCCCAUCUUCCCAGCGCUGCAAGCUGCUCCCGUUGGAGGCAGUACGGGCCCCCGGUCUGACAGCCCAAACACGCUGCUCCUCCUUUAUCGGUCGGUAGGGCUCACCAGUCUGAUGCUGCGAGCUGCUCCCGUCAAGAAGUGGUAUGAGCCCUCCUGA